GCAAGAAGGCGCCUGAGUGAGGGCCUGUGUGUGGGGAGAGAGCAGCACCGCCUGAGGGGAGGUGUGCGGUGGUGCUGGGCUUUGUUAGGGCGAAAAGGGUUUUGGUGAGGGACACCCCCUACAUUCUGGUCUGCGUGAGGGGAGCUGAGCCUAGAGAGAAGUGUAGGAUUGUCCCUGAUGAAGGACCCCCAUGAAGGUGUGUAUGUGGGGAGUAGUGGAGAAAGAAAAGGUGUCUGAGAAAUUAAUGUGGAGAGUAUUUUGGGGUGCUAUCUAGGAGGAACAGAGUUAAAAUUUUGAAGUGCAAGUGAAAGGAAUAUUAAUAGAGGAAAACGAUGUUUGGGACAGGAAAGGGAAAAGGAAAGUGAUGAAAGUGACUGGGCAGGUUUUAUGGGGUGAAAGCGGUAAUGUAGGUCGUGCCAAGGAUUAAAUAAAAAAUCUGGAAUAUAGAGAACCAAGUAAGUUUUCACAAACACUGAACGGAAUUCCUUCUUCAAACACAGUCAGCAGUGGAAUGGACCCCUUCCAUGCUUGUAGUAUUCUUCAACAGCUGAAAACCAUGUAUGAUGAAGGACAACUGACAGAUAUUGUAGUGGAAGUGGAUCAUGGGAAAACAUUCUCCUGUCAUAGGAAUGUUCUUGCUGCAAUCAGUCCUUAUUUCAGAUCUAUGUUCACUAGCGGCCUUACAGAGAGUACCCAGAAAGAAGUUCGUAUAGUUGGUGUUGAAGCAGAGUCAAUGCAUUUAGUAUUGAACUAUGCAUAUACCUCCAGAGUAAUGCUGACAGAGGCCAACGUUCAAGCUUUGUUCACUGCAGCUAGUAUCUUCCAGAUCCCUUCCAUACAAGACCAGUGUGCUAAAUAUAUGAUCAGUCAUUUGGACCCACAGAACUCCAUUGGGGUGUUUAUCUUUGCUGAUCACUAUGGUCAUCAGGAACUCAAAGACAGAUCACAAGACUACAUUCGUAAAAAGUUUCUGAGUGUCACCAAAGAGCAAGAAUUUCUUCAGUUAAGAAAAGACCAACUGAUAAGUAUACUCGACAGUGAUGAUUUAAAUGUGGACAAAGAAGAACAUGUUUAUGACAGCAUUAUAAGGUGGUUUGAGCAUGAACAAAAUAAGAGAGAAGUGCACCUUCCAGAAAUAUUUGCCAAAUGCAUCCGUAUGCCUCUGUUGGAAGAGACAUUUUUAGAGAAAAUCCCUCCCGUGUUUGCACAGGCUAUGGCCAAAAGCUGUGUACAAAAGGGACAACAUAGUGCCAAUGGCUAUACACAACGGCUUGGAAUGACCGCUUCUGAAAUGAUCAUAUGCUUUGAUGCUGCCCACAAACACUCAGGAAAGAAGCAAACAGUGCCUUGUUUAGAUUCGGUCACAGGGAGAGUGUUUAAACUAUGCAAGCCACCAAAUGACUUGAGGGAGGUUGGAAUUCUUGUGUCUCCUGAUAAUGAUAUUUAUAUUGCGGGUGGUUACAGACCAAGCAGCAGCGAGGUCUCCAUUGACCACAGAGCAGAGAGUGAUUUUUGGAUGUACGAUCACUCUGGCAAUAGGUGGAUUCCGAAAGCUCCUUUGUUGCGAGCCAGAAUAGGCUGCAAAUUGGUUCAUUGCUGUGGUAAACUGUAUGCAAUAGGUGGUCGCGUUUAUGAAGGAGAUGGGCGAAACUCACUCAAGUCUGUGGAGUGUUAUGACAGCCGAGAGAACUGUUGGACGGCUGUCUGUCCAAUGCCGGUAGCAAUGGAGUUUCAUAGUGCUGUGGAAUAUAAGGAUAACAUCUAUGUUUUACAGGGGGAAUUUUUUCUCUGCUAUGAUCCUCAGAAGGAUUACUGGGGAUUUUUGACCCCAAUGACUGUGCCUAGAAUCCAAGGCUUGGCAACUGUAUACAAUGACUCCAUCUACUACAUAGCUGGAACCUGUGGAAACCAUCAACGUAUGUUUACCGUAGAGGCCUAUGACAUUGAACAAAAUAAGUGGACUCGAAAAAAAGACUUUCCAUGUGAUCAGUCCAUUAAUCCAUAUAUAAAACUUGUACUCCUCAAAAAUAAACUCCAUCUCUUUGUCAGAGCUACUCAAGUCACUGUUGAAGAACAUGUUUUCAGAACCAGCAGGAAGAAUUCACUCUACCAAUAUGAUGAGAUUACUGACCAAUGGCAAAAAGUAUAUGAGACUCCAGAUAGGCUCUGGGAUUUAGGCCGGCAUUUUGAAUGUGUUGUUGCUAAAUUGUAUCCGCAGUGUCUUCAGAAAGUUAUUUAAUUUUUUUUUUUUUUUUCAGUAACAGGCCUUAGUGAUUUCAGUGGUAAUCUGAUGCUAGAGAAAACAUGUCUUAAAAGAAAACAAAGAAAUUCUGUCAGUAUUUAUUGUAAGCUGAAACAGACAGUUUUUUGUAUGGGGAUGGGUGCUCUUUAAAGGUUGCAGUCUGGGGAGGGAUUACUGGUUCAGUUUCAUAUUUUCUGAUAUUUUCCUGGGAAAUGAGAAGGAGGUUACAAAGUGCAAUUAUCAGCAUUUUUUUUCUGGUAAACACUUAAUCAUGUCAUACUAGAGGGGUGUUUUUGAGAGCAAAUUAAGUGGAAGAGCCAGGAUAACUAUGCACUACAGUAAAAGAAAAUCUAGCGUUAAUAGCUAAGGAUGUCCAAGAUGUUUUGAAGUGACUUUUCUUUUUUUUUCCUCUUUUUUUUUUUUUUUUUUUUUUUAAUACGGGUAAAAUUUGAGGCAAUAUCACUAAGGUGUUUUUUUUAUAUGUUUUAGAUUGAAAGUACAUACAGGAAUGAUAGAUCCUGAUUCAUAAUGAUUUUUUUGUACUGUUUUUGAAAUCUGCUAAGAUGUUUAUAAUGAUGUUUGUGCACUACAAUUUGAGAGGAAAAACUCAAGUCAGAAUUGGAACAUGGAGUACCUUUGUACUGAACAGAGGUCUGUUCAGAUUGCUGUACCACUUCCAGUCUGUAGAUUUUUGUUGAAAUUGAGCUUAAUGAUGGGGAGGGAAAUCCCAACACUAUUUUCUGCCACACAGAUGUAGUGCUGUAAAAACAUUUUUUUUUUUUAAACACUGCUUAAAACCUUUUUUUCAUCCCAUAAAGGGCUUUAAUCCAAAAGUUGAUGGUGCUAGUACAUUUAUACUACUUGUUUGUCUGAAAUAGGCUAGCCUUAUGCUACUGUUUAAGACUGCCUGUUAUUUUUCAUGGAGUAUGUGUCUGUCUUCAGGCCCUGUCCUGUCAUCAUAUUGUCUUUUUUAACAUAACAUUUUUACUGCAGUGGUAUUCUUGCACAGAAUGGUGACAGGAUAUGGCCUUAAUAAUACUGAUUUUUUUUUUUUUUCUUUUGUGUGGACUGUUCAUUCUGUCUCCACUGAAGUACAGUGCUAUGUGCAGAGUUGGCAUGUGCUGUAGUAAUUGGGAAAAGUGUGGCUUAACUUUACAAAUUAUUUUUCUUUUCUCCCCACAAUCAAGCCCUCAAAUACCUUUUAUGUCAUUCUAAUCUACAAUGUGAAAAUUUGCACUACUGAGCUGUCUUCAUUAUCCAGUGUAUUACAGAAAAAUUGACAAUGUGUCCAUGGCUUCAGUAAUCUUAAAUGCAGAUACACAAUAGGAAUCCAAUAUAUUGCAACACUUCUCUGUAUGUAUUUACCAUUUAGCUUAUUUUUAAGAUUUAAAUAAGGUCAAAGUUCAGCCUCUACUACAGUAGUGAAAACUGGAUUUAAAAGGGAAAAGAUGAAUCCUAAAACUGUCAGCUGUAAUUUCCCAGGUUUAAUUUGUUACAGCUCUAAUUUUUGCAGAGCUGUGAGUAUGUUAUCUUACUCUUCCCUAUUUUCUCAAAUUGACCUAAGUAAACCAGUUAACUUGAAACGGCAGUGGCCAUCACUGGCUGUAAGUGCUUACCAUUAUCUGGUUUAACAGCUGAUACUUCAGUAAGCCAAAUAUUUAGCUCAUUGUUUAUCCCCCUGGCAUGGCUGAGGAUUUGGAUAAUGUUUGUUUACUGUGUGGUCUUACUGUUCCCAAAUGGAAUUUUUCUAAUACACAAAAAAUACUCGCCUGGUUCUAUUUCUUAAUUCUUGCACAAAAUGUUUAAAAGGCAAAAACAAAAAAACUGUGAAAUGAAUAGGAAAAAAAAUAUGCCUCUCUGCAUUACAUACCUCAUUUUCCAGAGAUUCACCAAACCGCUGCUUUGAAAUGCGAGCACCUGAAUUUUUUGUCUGAAGUUGAAGUUGACAAUUCUUGCUAAGAUUGCAUUUUCCAACAGUGUUGAGGUGUGUUGUUUCUUUGUGUAGUUUUCUUCUGGCUACUGAUUUAUAUAUAAAUUCAUAGCCAAGAAUAGGGGUUUGUUGUUUGUUUGUUUUUUUUUUUUUAAGUACACUAAUUUUAGUUUUAAAGUUAUCCUUAGUCCUUGGCUAGCUCUCUGCGCUGUUGUAGGCCUCUAGCUGCAAGCUUUCUGAAGCACCCUCCCUAACAGUGUUGCAUUUGUGUGUAAAACCAUUUUUUUUUGCGAAGUGUUAUGUAACUUUUCUUGUUUUUUGUUUUUUUUAAGCUUGGUUGAAUAUUUACAAGACUUCUUGCUGCUUUUUGACAAUCUUCUAUAUUUAUUUAGUAGAACAAAUUUCAAUAUAUUACUUGAAACUAUGAAAUAGGAUUGAGUUAGCAAUUGACUGGUCAUGUGAUGUAUAGAAGUACAAUAUGCUGUGGUUAAUUCUGCAGUAGGUUUGUUAAUUUUGUUUAUCUGCACUAAAGUAGGAAGAUCUCCAUUCUGUUUAACCAUUCAAACUGAGGGCGUGAUCCAAGUCUGUAAUGUGUUUAAAAGCUAAAUCCUGGAACUUGCUGUGGGAGUAGAAUAUACUAAAUCUUUUGCAUGAGGAGUUUGUUGAGACAGUAAUGUAGCUGUGACAUUUUGCCAAUUCUUACAUGCUUUUACAUUUUGCUGAAAGUCAGAUUCCCGGUAAAGUUUUGCUUUAGAGUCGGGCUUAAGUAAACUUGCACAGCACAAAAAAAAAUAAUUAAAAAUAAUUGCACCAAAGGUACUGAGAUUUACAAAGUAAUCUGUACACUUUCCCCACUUGAUAUUUUUUCUGCAUUCAUUUAUUUCCCUUUAUUAAAUGAAUUUCUAGCAUUGUAAGGACUUAUGUGAGUGUAAAUCUUUUUUCCAAAAUUAUUAGCUUCUUUGAAGGGAAACAUUUUGUGAUUUCCGCUUGGUUCCAUCAGUAAAAUUUCUAAUAACUAAAAGCAGUUUUGGUGCACCAAUCAUGCAGCGUGUGUAUGUUCUACAAGAAAUCGAAGAGCUCCCUAUUCGUAAGGCUGUUUAGAAAUGGCAUCCAACAUUCAGUGCUCAGGUAUGUUAGUAAGAAGUACUGUAGUCCUAUGAGGGCAAAUGUGUGGAUUUUUAAACAUUUUGCCAUAAUUGCACAAUUUUGCAUUUUUACUUAAUGUCAUGUUAUGUUUCUUAAAAUAAACCUAUUGUUGAAAUACAA